GGUAUGAGCAUGACCUGUUUUAGAGCAGCGGCAACCCGGGAAGGCUGGAUUUGAAGGCGUAUUCGUUGGUUAUCUACUAGCUGACGGUCUCACUGAUGCUCAUGCCUCCGCCUCCCUGCCCGCCGACGCUGCCGCACCUUCUCCGCCACCUCCGCGGCCGCAUGCUCACCACCCAGCUCCUCGACCACCUCAUCAGGUCAACCUCAUCCUCGCCGUUCCCCUCCCUCUCCUUCUCCGUCUUCAUCCUCCUCCUCCGCUCCUCCCUCCGCCCGUCCCACUUCACUUUCCCAUUCCUUGCCCGCGCCGCCGCGCGCCUUUCCUCCGCCUCCCUCGCGUCUGCGCUCCACGCGCACCCGCUGCGGCUCGGGCUCCUCCCCGCCGACCUCCACGUCGCCAACUCCCUCGUCCACAUGUACGCGGCCUGCGCCCUGCCGGACCACGCCAACCGAGUGUUCGACGAAAUCCCGCGCCCCAACCUUGUCUCCUGGAACGCGCUCCUCGAUGGGUACGCCAAGUGCCACGACCUCCCCGCUGCGCGAAAGGUGUUCGCUCGGAUGCCCCAGCGGGACGUGGUGUCCUGGAGCGCCAUGAUCGACGGGUGCGUCAAGUGUGGGGAGCACCGCGAGGCGCUCGCGCUGUUCGAGAUGAUGGAGAAUGCUGCCGCCAGGUCAGCAGAGGAGGAGGAUGGUGGGGGUGGGGCGAGGGCUAACGACGUCACGAUGGUGAGCGUGCUUGGAGCCUGUGCUCAGCUUGGAGACCUCGAGCGCGGAAGGCGGGCGCACCGGUGCCUGAGGGAACGUGGCUUUGCAUUGAACCUCAGGCUUGCAACCUCGCUCGUUGACAUGUAUGCCAAGUGUGGGGCCAUCAGUGAGGCAAUGGAGGUGUUCUGGGCUGUGCCGGUGGAGAGCACCGAUGUUCUGAUAUGGAAUGCUGUGAUCGGUGGCCUUGCGGUGCAUGGCAUGGCCACCAAAUCGGUGGAGAUAUUCCUGGAGAUGCAGCGUGCUGGGGUUGCGCCGGAUGAGAUCACGUACCUUUGUCUGCUGAGCGCUUGUGCCCACGGCGGUCUAGUGGAUGAGGCUUGGGAGUUCUUCCGCUCACUUGAAGCGCAAGGGCUCAGACCACAUGUCGAGCAUUAUGCUUGCCUGGUAGAUGUGCUUGGCAGAGCAGGACGCCUGGAGGAAGUGUACGGUGUUGUUAAAAGUAUGCCAAUGAAACCUAGUGUUUCUGUGCUUGGUGCUCUCUUAAAUGCCUGUCAUUUGCAUGGAUGGGUGGAGCUGGGCGAGGUACUCGGUAGGCGGCUUGUCCAGUUGCAGCCAGACCACGAUGGCAGGUACAUUGGCCUGUCCAAUAUCUAUGCUGUUGCCAGACGGUGGCAAGAGGCAAAGAAAGCUAGAAAGGUGAUGGAGGAUAGGGGUGUAAAAAAGGUCCCUGGAUUUAGUGAGAUUGAUGUUGGUGGAGGGCUCUCCAGGUUCACUGCCCAGGACAAGACUCAUCCUGGCUCAGUGAAGAUCUAUGAGUUGCUGAAUCUAAUAGCAAUAGAGAUGAAAAUGAAGGAUGAUGCUACUAUUCCAGAUUACCUCCUGUGCACACUGCUAGAAUGAUGGUUGCGCUUGCACCUGUAGAUCACUCAACAAACAAUUUCCAUGAAGCUGUUCGAUCAUUUUCUCGGAGUGAAUGUGGACAUAGUAUUUUCCACACUUAGUUCUGGCCACUGAAGCACUAUCCAAAGCAUAAUUUAGGCUAAUCAAAUUGGAAACUAAAUUAACAGGUCAACUCAGUUGUGAGCAGAUACAUCAGGAGAUAUAUAUUUUGCAUAUUAGAAGCAGCAUUUGCUGCAAAUUCUCUGCCGAUAGAAGAGAUGUGGAAAUAUUUGAUGCAGAUGGCAUUUAGAUUGCUUGCAUAGCAGACAAAUAAUAUUGAUAUAUAGAUAAACUUUCUUCAGGAAUUGCUUCGACCUGUAGCUACUGCCUGUAUGACAGAUCUAGCAAUAAGGUGAAAACUACAUCAAUUGUUUUGUAAGUUACAAGCAUCUGCUGAAACUGUGCAUGGAGCAAUUUUGCAAUCAGCCAGGAGCCCCCAGGAGCAUGUUCCAGCAAUUUAUAUGGAACUGCAUAAGUCAUUCUGCUCUACAUCAGUUCGGGAUGCUUCGAUGUUCCAAUUUCACUGCUCUCAAAGAUCUUGCGCGCCAUCUCCAGUACCUCACUUAUCAUGGGAUGGUGCCUGGCUGCCUGGCUUGGAGCACCAGGUUUUUUUUUUUGACACUGAAGCGAGCUGGGCUCCUGAUUUUAUGCUGUAGUCCCCUUGAAGCCUUCUAUCAGUUAGACUUUCAAACUUCUAAGAGUUGCAAGAUUAUGCUCGCCUCUUGGCCUGUUUUGGUCCAGAGGUCACUGGUGAGGUAGCCUUGACGAGGACCGUGUGGAGAACAGAACAGACAGGUCGCAGCUUGCCUGAGAGCCCCCGUAGGGACGGGUGGUUUUGUGUCCUCUUUUUGUAUUUGAAAAAAUGGAAUCAGUUUAUUGAGGACGGUGCUUUCUGGGUGAGUUUAGAAAUGUAAUUUGUUUGAACAAUAUUAGCUCUAUGCAGUGCAUGCGAAUCGAUGGUUGGAACCAUACGAAUUGAUGGCUGGAACCAAAUGUAAUAUAUGUUCUUGUGCUUA